AUGGUCAGUGAGGAUGAUGAACUAGAAGUGUAUGCCAAAGAGACCAUUCGGGACGAUGGAACGAAAUGGAUUGUAUGCGGAACAGAUGUACGUGACGCAUUAACAAAAUGGAAACAAGAAAAAGCCCGGCCACGCACUGAUCUAGCAUUCUAUGAUAUUAUAGACAUGACGCCAGGUUCGAAUAGUGAUUUUGUACGAUUGCUACCUAAUAAUGCCAGCGAACAAUGUGCAAAAAGAGAGAAAGAAGAGCCUGAUGAACAAAGAUUUCCGGGACUAGAAGGAGAUAAAGUGGAUGGAGCGAAAGACUAUAUCAUUAAUUUUAUUAAGGUAUCAUUAGUGCCUAAAGAUGCUCAGUCGUGGGAUAUGCCAAAGACCGCUAAGUGGCAAAAUUUGAUCUUGGUCUUACCGUUCCUAAGAUCUUUAUUGGAAAGAAAAUUUCGUGAGUAUGUGGAUAAGAGCUAUAUGAAAACAAGAACUGACAAUACUACGAAAUUUAUCUGGGAUUAUAUGAAUCUUCUAGUGGAAUCAUUUGAAAGAGACAACGAUCUUGCAGAUUAUAAUUUAUCCGAGCUAGGGUAUCGAGAAAUCUUCCUCACACCUCUAAUACGUAGCCUAUUUCGCGGAAUGCACCUGGUGAAAAGUGUCUGUUCGCUUCGUAAUUUGGAAAAAAACGAUGAGGAAAAUCGUAGUUCUGGCCGAAAAAUAGACAUCAUCUGGUCUAUGAAACCAACCGACCUUGAGUUUUCCAUAAGUGAAGUUAGCGGUCCACCGAAUCAGCACAAUCAUACCCACUUUUUUAAUGAUAAACUAAAGAUUGCCAAAAUGUUGAAGGUUAUCUUUAAUAGGAUCGUAAGAAAAUACGGUGGUGUGGGUAUGAAUUUGGGUUUAUUAAAAUUGUAUGGUUUACAUGUUUAUUGUAAUGAAAUAAUAGUAUAUGAAAUGUCAAUACCAUUCCGUGGAUUAUACGUUUUUUGUGAAGUUUUACGAUCAAAACUGCCAACAAAUGGGGUUGAAGUGGGAUUAAUGUUACGAUCAGUACCGGCAUUACUCAAAUUCAAGAAGUUACUUGAGAAGAGUUUAACUGAUCUUAAAGAUUAUAUUCAAGAUGCGUGUACUCAUACACCGGAUGAUGAUGGAAACGCAGGCCUAUUUAUUACACGUACUGAUUUGACGCCUACAACAAAUAGAACACGAUCGGGCAAGUAA